AUGGCGGAAAACAAUGGCUCGCAAAUGCAGCGCAAUUGUGUAUUUUGCUCCAAACCAGACGAACAUGACGACAUGGUGGCAUGUGACUCGUGUCAGCUCUGGCAUCACUAUUCUUGCGCUGAUGUCGAUGCCAGUGUGAAGGAUCGGGACUGGCGAUGCACAAACUGCGUAAUGGAUCGUACCGGUGCGAAACCUAAAGGGACGGCAAUUCCAUCGGACAAUCUUGCAGUCCCGGUGAAAAAGUCCGGUGCAAAAUCAUCGGCCGGCAGCAAAACUAGCCGGAGGUCCAAAAAAGGGAUCGGUGAGCAAAGCGUUACAUCGAGCGCCCGUAUGCGAUUGGAGCUAGAGUUGCGAGCUGUAGAAGAACAACAGAAGAUCCGCGAGGAAGAACUCGCCGCGGAGAAGGAGCUGAAGGAACUUGAACGAAAGCUCGAGGAGGAACUACGAGAGAAGGAGUUGGCGAUCGAAGUAAAACGAAUCGCCGAAGCGAAGGCCGCUUUGACGAAGAGGAUUUCCGAAGAGCGAGAGUUUAAGAUGAAGCAGAUGGAAAUUAGGAGACGUUCAGAGGAAGAAAAGGCGAAGCUGAUUCGGCAGGCUUCCGAGUACGGCAGCAGCAGAGGCAGUUUAAUCGGUACCGAUGCCGAUUCGAAGGAUAAGGUAGAGGACUGGCUGAAGAAGUCGACGCAGCAGACAGCGGGACUCCUGAGAGAGUCCACGUCAGCAGUUGAUCCUAGUCGUGGUCAAACCCAGGUACCCCUCGAACAAAAUACUAACCGCCAAACAGCCAACAUUAGGACCGAUAGGAGCUUAGACAUUCCCCCUCUAACAAUGCGAAAUAAAACUGUCUCCUCUUCAAAACUGCUCCCUGUACAGACAUUGGUUAGUCAGGUAGAAAAAGGCCAGCAAGCUCACUCGGAUGCUUUGGAAAAUCGACAUUUCAUUGAUGAGCUUGACAGACAAAAUGUGGGUGGUGUUUCUGGUGACCAAGUCCAUUCAGACGGUCGCAAUCUGAAACUUUUGGUGGGUGGAAUCGAUCGUAUCAGUGCAUGGGAAGAUCGUCAACGUGUGCGAGUUCGCGAACAGAUCGAAAGUGAUGGUCAACAAAAUUUCGGACUCGGUGCGGGGAACACGAACGAAGUGCUGACGAGUGGUUUCGGUGGUACCAGACAACACGACAACCCAGCGCAUUCCGCAGAGGAUCCAAGUUCGGGAUUGCGAAGAUUACGCAACGAUGGAGUGGCAACCGGACAUCUCGGAGCGGGUACCAGCGGUAGAAGGGAACAACCAGUUCCGAGAAGCAAUGAGUCAAUUACUCAAGCGAGCUGCAAAGACGAUCACUACUUGGAUGGUCCAACAGGUCGACAGCUGGCAGCUAGACAAGUUAUGGGAAAGGAUUUGCCAAUAUUCGCCGGUAAUCCAGAAGAAUGGCCUAUUUGGAUCAGCAACUUCCGUCGGUCAACUUCAACAUGCGGGUUUUCCGACGACGAAAACCUGAUUAGAUUACAACGCUGUUUGAAAGGUUCGGCUCUUGAAGCGGUGCGCAGCAGGCUAUUGUGUCCGGCUAGUGUUCCACACGUGAUUCGAACUCUGGAGAUGCGAUACGGUCGACCGGAAACGUUAAUCCGCUCGAUGACGGAGCGUGUUCGUAGAUUACCUUCUCUGAAGAUUCACGAUCUGGAAGCAGUCAUCGAAUUUGGAUUGGUGGUGGACAAUUUGGUGCAACAUCUGAAGAACGCAGGACAGCAGGCACAUCUGGCUAAUCCGGCCCUACUACACGAUCUGGUGGGUAAAUUGCCAGUUGACUACAGGCUCAAGUGGUCGGCAUACAAAAGCAUACAGUUCAAUGUGGAUCUGGAUACGUUUGGGCAGUUCAUGUCAACAUUAGUGGAGCUGGCCUACGACGUGGCGGAUGAUUUCUCCGUCAACGAAAAGCAAAGGCAGAAGCCAAAGGAGCGGAUUUUCGUACAGACGCACACAGAAGCCGUGUCACCGGUUAACGUUGCCGGUUCCCGUAAUUUGUGGAAACCUUGUGCCAUUUGCAAAGCGGAAGGACAUCGGGUGGGAGAAUGCAGCCUGUUCAAGUCGAUGGACGUAAGCGGAAGAUUGAAAGCGGUACAGCAGAGCGGUAUUUGCCGAUCGUGUUUGAAUUUCCACGGAAAGUGGCCGUGCAAAACUGCGAAGGAAUGUGGAAUCAACGAUUGUCGACUGAAGCAUCAUUCGCUGUUGCAUCCUCCAGUAACAGUCCAUGCUGCGGUGUCUACGAGUCAUUCUAACGAGUCGAUGGCGAGCGGAGGACCUUUGUUCCGGAUCAUACCUGUGACGCUGUAUGGAAAGGACUGCGAAAUGAACGUCUACGCGUUUGUGGACGAAGGGUCGAAGAUAACACUGUUGGAAGACACGGUGGCGGAUCAACUUGGAAUUACUGGACCAACGGAACCCCUGAACUUGCAGUGGACCGGGAACAUCAAGCGUAGUGAACCGCAAUCGCGGCGAAUCAGCACUCAGAUCUCCGGCAGGGGAUCACCAAAACAGUUCGAACUGACCAACGCUCGGACGGUCGGUGGAUUACUGCUCCCAUCCCAAACGGUGAACUACGAAGAAAUGUGUGAUCGAUAUCCUCAUCUACGUGGUCUUCCUAUGCAAAGCUACGAAAAGGUCUCCCCAAAGCUUUUGAUUGGUCUUGACAACUUGAAGCUCACCGUGCCAUUGAAAAUCAGAGAAGGAAGAUGGGUAGAACCGAUAGCCGCUAAGAGCCGCAUCGGGUGGAGCAUCUACGGAUGCGCGAUAACACCAGCAUCAACGGUCGUAUGUGGGCUUCAUUUUGGAGGAUGGACCAAUCAGGAGCAGGAGCUCAACCAACUAGUUCGCGACUACAUUACGCUUGACAGCACCGGUGUAACGCAUCCCACUGCGCUCCUGGAAUCCGAGGAGGAUAAAAGGUCUAAAAUGCUGCUUGAAACAACCACCAGAAGAGUUGGCGGGGCCUUUGAGACGGGAUUACUGUGGAAGUCGGACGAUGUAAGGUUACCAUGCAGUUACAAUAUGGCAUACCGACGGAUGUGCUCUCUGGAGAGACGACUAAAAAAGGAUUCAGUACUCUUCGAAAGAGUAAGACAGCAAUUCCGAGAUUACGAGGUAAAACAGUACGCACGCAAGGCUACACACAAAGAACUGACCACUACUAGCCCCGACCGAUGCUGGUACUUGCCGCUAGGGAUAGUUGUGAACCCGAAGAAGCCGAACAAACUGAGGAUAAUCUGGGAUGCGGCAGCUACAGUUAACGGAGUGUCCCUGAAUAGUGUUUUGCUGAAAGGGCCAGACUUCCUAGCAUCGCUUCCGGCAGUCAUUGGAAACUUUCGCUUGUACCGGUACGCCUUGACCGGAGAUAUCAAGGAAAUGUUUCACCGAUUCUUUAUCCGACCUGAAGAUCGACAGUUCCAAAGGUUCCUGUUCUGGGAACAGCCAGAGCAGGAGCCGAUUACCUACGUAAUGGAUGUAGCCGUCUUUGGGGCUGCCUGUUCACCUAGCAGUGCCCAGUAUAUAAAGAACCUCAACGCCAAGGAUUUUGAAGCAGUUUAUCCCCGAGCAGCUGAAGCCAUCGUUCGCCGUCAUUACGUGGACGAUUAUCUCGACAGUUUCGGAACAGUUGAGGAAGCGGUGAAGAUUGGACGUCAGGUGAAAAGUAUACACGCCGAAGGUGGGUUCGAGCUCCGGAACUUCUUGUCCAACGACCCAACGAUAGCAGCAAGGGUGGGCGAUACAGCACAAGAAGCAGAAAAGAGUAUCUGUGUGGAAAAGGAUGAACGAAUCGAAUCCGUACUAGGCAUGAAAUGGAUCCCAGGUAGCGACGCGUUCACAUUCACUGUUUCCCUCCGAGAUAACCUCCGACAUGUUCUCGAUGAGUCACAUGUUCCAACGAAACGUGAAGUCCUACGAACGGUUAUGAGCUUUUUCGACCCGAUGGGACUGAUAUCGUAUUUCCUGAUACACGGACGGAUCCUGAUGCAGGACAUUUGGGCGACUGGUAUAGACUGGGAUGACGUUAUAUCCGAGAAAGAUUGGACGCAAUGGAAGAAGUGGAUUGAGCUCAUUCCGCAACUGGGAACUCUUCGUAUUCCACGUUGCUACAUUACGGCAGCGACAGAAAGCAGCUACUCCAAGUUGCAGGUCCACGUUUUCGUAGAUGCAAGUCAGUCGGCUUACGCGUGUGUGGCGUAUUUUCGGGUGGGAACACCUAACGGUCCAGAGAUUAGUCUCGUAGCAGCCAAAUCCAAAGUAGCGCCAUUGAAGAUGCUGACAAUUCCUCGCCUCGAACUGCAAGCCGCCGUCUUAGGAUCCCGUCUACUUAACAGCGUCAUUGCCAUGCAUGCUCUCCAAGUGACGAAGCGUGUGCUAUGGUCAGAUUCGAAUACGGUCCUGGCCUGGAUUCGGUCUGAUCAGCGGCGAUACCAUCAAUUUGUUGGAUUCAGGAUCGGUGAAAUUUUAUCUACGACCGAGGUCAACGAAUGGCGAAAAGUCCCAACUGGACAGAAUGUAGCUGAUGAUGCAACGAAGUGGGGAUCGGGUCCAAACAUCAGCUCCAACAGCCGAUGGUUCAAUGGUCCUGAAUUUCUUCGCCAACCUGAAGUUUUCUGGCCAGGUGGAAACGAACAGGUCGAACCCACGGAGGAAGAGUUAAUAGUGUGUAACAACGUUCACGACAUCGAGAUACCGUCAAUUGUGGACAUAGCAAGGUUCAGCAAAUGGGAGAAAUUACACCGCACUACAGCGUACGUACAUCGGUUUGUUCAGAAUCUUCAACGAUCUCGGCGUAAUGAAGAGCGUUUGCUAGGAAGCUUGACGCGGGAUGAAUUGGUGUUGGCGGAGCAGUGGUUGUGGAAAUUAGCGCAAACGCAUACUUUUUCAGAGGAAAUCCAGCUGCUGGAGAAAACGAGAGGAAAGCCAGAGGGUAUCCACAAAGCUCUACAGAAGUCAAGCGCACUAUACAAGAUGUGGCCGUUUCUGGACGAAGCGGGCGUAUUGCGGAAGCGAGGUCGACUAGGGAAUGCCGAGUGGAUGUCAUACCAAACCAAGUUUCCAGUGAUUCUUCCGCGACAACAUCACAUCACUUUUCUUCUGGUAGACUACUAUCACCGUAGAUUCCGUCACUGCAAUCGAGAGACAAUUGUUAACGAGAUGCGACAACUAUACGAGAUCCCAAGGCUCCGUUCCGUAGUGUUCAACGUGGCGGUGGAAUGCAUGACGUGCAAGAUUCGCCGUGUCACUCCUAGACCACCACCCAUGGCACCAUUGCCGAAGGUUCGAGUGACCCCAUAUGUGCGACCUUUUACUUUUGUCGGCGUAGACUAUUUUGGCCCUGUUAUGGUAAAGGUGGGACGCAGCAUCGUUAAGAGGUGGAUAGGCCUUUUCACCUGCCUAACAAUUCGGGCAGUACACCUCGAAGUUGUUCACAGUCUUUCAAAAGAGUCAUGCGUUAUGGCAGUCAGAAGAUUCAUUUCGAGACGGGGAGCUCCAGCAGAAAUCUUCAGUGAUAAUGGCACAAAUUUUGUCGGUGCAAGCAAUCAGCUAAAGCAGGAAAUCGAGCAAUUAGACCAACAUCUGGCGUCUACCUUCACCAACACCACAACCCGGUGGUCUUUCAAUCCUCCCGGAGCUCCUCACAUGGGUGGAGCAUGGGAGCGGAUGGUCCGGUCUGUGAAGGUAGCAAUCGGAGAUUUACUAAAUGCGCAGCGACGACCGGAUGAUGAGGUUUUGGAGACGGUCAUGGUCGAAGCAGAAGCCAUGAUAAACUCGCGUCCGCUAACGUACAUACCAUUAGAGUCGGCGGAUGAGGAGUCCCUUACUCCAAACCACUUUAUUCUGGGUAGUUCGAGUGGAGUGAAACAGAUGCCAGUCAUGCCAACAGAUUACCAAGCGACACUGAGAAGUGGAUGGAAACUCGCACAACACUUGUCGGACAUUUUGUGGAGAAGAUGGAUAAUGGAAUACUUGCCGGUAAUAUCCAGACGGUCGAAGUGGUUCGAUGAAGUGAAGGAGGUGGAAGUAGGAGAUCUGGUGUUGGUCGUGGACGGUGCAAUGCGGAACCAGUGGAUAAGAGGAAGAGUGGACAAGGUCGUAGCAGGACAGGAUGGUAAGGUUCGACAAGUCUGGGUUCGAACAGGAAGCGGCGUGCUGAGGAGACCAGUGGUAAAAGUAGCUGUACUCGACGUCGUAGACAGUGGAAAACCGGAAGUUAGCCACAACGGUUUACGGGUGGGGGAAUGUGACGACGAGUACCCCUCGGCGAGCUACCACCAGGAAUUACAAUAG